AUGGAGGACCGCAAAGACCUUAGGCUUGUCGUACCCAUCACCGAGCCAGCCAAGGCGGGGCCGGAGGCGUCGGAUCAGGAGCAACCUCACAUAUCCGCCUCGAAGCGUCGACACGCUACCGUAUACGAUGCCGUGGCCGGAAAGGUAUCAUACAGCCAGGGUCCUCGAUCUGAGGAAACGUUGCCCCUGCCAACUAAUCCAAAGAUCAUCAAAUAUUCUACCAAGGAAAUCCCAUUGGCACCCGACGAAGUUCUGUUCAGGCGCAAAGAUGCACCGGUGCGCUACUUGGAGCAUGACAUCUACUACGCACAUGAACGGGACCUACCCCGCGGAGGGCAGGAGGUGCUGCCUGAAAGCGAUCUACUCAAGGCCAUCCAUAGCUACGCGAGUGCGUUUUAUAGCUCAAAGAGUCGUGAUCGCCAUUCCGUCGGCGAUAUGAACGUAGCUGGCCGGAGCAUGGAUGAGACGGCGCUCCUAGCGUUUGGAAUCCUGCUUGAGGAAGCGGGCAAGGAGGUCCUUGGCCGGAGGGGUGACCUAGUCUUCACCGAGGGCGCUGACGAUGCUCCUGGCUCAGGCUCAGGUGGAGAUGAGGUGGCGCGCGAGGACGCUCGCAUCGUUGGGCAUCAUGACGUUGCGUUGAGGAGGAGGGGACCGAAGCGAAGGAAAGUCGCGGAUACCGACGACGAGUAA